AUGGCUAAUGUUAUUCCUUUAUCCAAAACUACAGUCGAUCGUCAAUUGAAAAUAAAUUACAGACCCAUAUCUUUAUUAGCGUCGUUAUCAAAAGUAAUUGAGAAAGUUGUUUUCAUGAGAUUUUAUAAUUUUUUACUUGACAUAGGUUUUUUAAAUCCUAUGCAGUCAGGUUAUCGCCCAGGUGAUUCUACAGUUAAUCAAAUUUUAUAUUUAACGCAUAAGAUAUACGAGGCUUUCGAACUAGGCAAGGAAGUAAGAGUGGUGUUUCUCGACAUCAGCAAAGCCUUUGAUAGAGUCUGGCAUAAAGGACUGUUAUAUAAGCUUAAGUUAAUCGGUGUAAGAGAUACUUUGCUUAGUUGGUUUGAGAGUUACUUAUCGGAUAGAAAGCAGCGCGUAGUCAUAGAUGGUCAGUUUUCGCAAUGGAAGAAUAUCAACGCCGGAGUACCCCAGGGGUCUGUGCUCGGUCCACUAUUAUUUUUAGUUUAUAUUAACGAUAUAACUGAAAAUCUUGAAACAAAUCCCUUAUUAUAUGCCGAUGAUACGUCACUAUUCGAUAUAGUCGAGUCUCCUGAUAUUACUUCAGUUAAAUUGAAUAACGAUCUUAGUAAGUUUAGUGAUUGGGAAAAACGCUGGCUUGUUACUUUAACGUUAAAAAAACUGAAAGUAUAA